GGCCCGGCCCGGCCGCUGCCCUGGAGACGGUUGCGGCGGGGCGAAGCCCGAAGCCGGCGGCUCCCCGCCAUGCUGCCCGCACCGCGCCGGGAGGCUGCGGCCCCCAGCGCCGUCCCCUACUGCUACUGCAGCCCGCCCCGCGCCCUGCCCGCCCGCACCAAGUACCGAGCGCCGCCGGAGGCCGCCCAGCCGGAGAAGGAGCCCGUCCGCUAUGCCAACCUCAUGUACGACCGGAGGGUGGUGCGCGGCAACACUUACGCCCUUCAGGUCAUGCCCGCGAGUACCCAGCUCGAUCUGUUUGAGAUUCAAAGGCAGAGAGAAGCACGGAGAAGAGCACUGGCUAGAAAGAGAGCGAAAGAGCAAAUGCAGCUAAGAACACCUGAGCCUGUGGAAGGCAGAGAGCAUGUUCAUGUGCAGACAGAGCUGUAUUUGGAAGAGAUUAGUGACCGGAUAAUAGAGGUUGAUACAGAGUGUCAAACAGAUGCAUUUUUGGACAGACCACCCACUCCUUUCUUCAUACCAGCCAAAACAGGAAGAGAUGUGGCCACACAAAUAGAAGAAGGAGAGCUGUUUGACUUCGACGUUGAAGUCGAGCCAAUCCUGGAAGUGUUGGUUGGGAAGACGAUGGAGCAAGCUUUGCUGGAAGUCGUGGAGGAAGAAGAGCUGGCCCAGCUGUGGGCACACCAGCGUGCCUACGCUGAACUGCGCAAUGCCGAGCUGGCAGAGGUGCAGCGCCUGGAGGAGCAGGACAGGCGGUACAGGGAGGAGAAGGAACGUCGCAAACUCCAGCACAUGCAAAUGCUGCAGAAACAGAAAGAGACGACAGAGAAAAUUGCAGCUUGGGCGUUUGCUAAACGUUACUUGACUGACCUCAUUCCUUCAGUCUUCAACAGUCUUCGUGAGAGUGGGUUUUUCUAUGAUCCUAUAGAAAGAGAUAUUGAGACAGAAUUCCUUCCAUGGCUGAUGACAGAAGUGGAAGAAACACUAGAGAAGAAGGUUCUGGGAAGGAUGAUGCUUGACUCCUUGAUUCGUACAGUGGUUGAAAAACGCUUGGAUGCAUUUAGCCAGGAACCUCUGUCUGGUCAGACGGAGGCCCCUGCUGAAGAGCCCGGGCCGAUAGACGCAGCCCCGCAGGAGGCUGAUGAGACAGAAGCUGCUGACCUGCCAGUCACAGCAAGUGAGGAGAGUGACCAACCUGUUGCUGAGGAACAGCUUUCACGUCGCAUCUCUUUCCGGUUAGAGGAACCCAAUCGAGCAGAAACAGAGGACCUGGAAACUGAGUAACAAGCAGGUACCUUGAUUCUGCCUACCAAGAGGCCGUAAUUGCUGGUUGGCUUUCAUGCUGAGGGGGAUGAAGAAAAGAGGAGACAUCGCCGAUGAGAACUGUGAACACACGAGCCUUGUAGCUGACUUGUAUGCAUUCUUUAUCAAACACCAGGAGCUGAAUCAUGCAAAAAUCCUUGCGCAAGAUUGUUUCCUCUCAAUUCCAUUCAGGUUGCUGCAGAGGCUCCAUCCUUCUGUUGUAUUUGUGCAGACCGAGUUUAGAUAGAAAUGGCUUACCCAGUGUGGCCUUGAAAGAAAGUUGAGAAUACAUUUUUUCUGUUGUUACAGACUUCCCUUUUCUUACAGGUUUCUAGAACUGUACUGCAAUGUCCUCUAUGUGUAUGUCUUUGUUCUGAUUUUAAUGUAUAGCCGUGAUACUUCUGUACCAUUUAGGCAUACUAUCCUGGAGAGGAAAUUGAUGGUGUCAUUUAC